AUGGCUUCCAUCGCGGCAAACAAACGACUGAAACCAAAGAUUAAACCACCGCGCAAGCAUGGAACGAACAUCUCUGUGGACGAGACAUGGUCGAAGCUCACGCACAACAUCCGGGAGAUCCAAUACCACCGCGCACACACGCUAUCGUUCGAAGAGAACUACCGGUUCGCGUACCAGAUGGUGAUCAUGAAGAACGGCAAACAGUUAUACGAGGGGACUGUCGAUCUCGUGGUGGAGAACCUGGACAGGCUCGUUAAGGAGAUCCUGCAGCCGAACUUCCCGACGAGCCUUGACCAGGACCCGAUGCAGCGUGCGCAUGACGAUGCCAGGCUGUUGAGCGCGCUGAGCGAGGUGUGGGCGGAUCAUAAGGGGAGCAUGGACAAGAUUGGGAGUAUAUUGAAGUACAUGGACCGAGUAUGGACAAAGGACGCGCACCUGCCCGAGAUCGUCGAAAAGGGCCGCGAGCUCUUCCUCAAGCACAUCAUACGCCCGCCAAUACAGGGUCACGUGCAGUCUGCGGUACUGGGCCUGUUGCGGAUCGAGCGCGACGGAUACGUGAUCAAUCGCUCGUCCGUGACGGGCUGCGUGGACGUCCUGCUCCAGCUCAACGACCCGAGCGGUCUCACGGUGUAUAAGCGCGACUUGGAACCGGUCGUGUUGAGUGAGAGUCAGGCGUAUUAUAAGGCGGAAGGCGAGAGGUUGUUGGAGACGUGCGAUGCGCCGGAGUACUUGCGAAGAGUAGAGGCGCGCUUUACAGAAGAGGACUCGCGAGCGCAUCAAUGUCUCUCCGUACAGACAGCGAAGCCUCUCGAACAUAUUUUGCAAGAGACCCUCCUCACUCCACAUCUCAUGAACGUCCUCCGAAAGGAGAACUCUGGUCUGGACGCCAUGAUCGACAAAGACAGCGUCAACGAUCUAUCGCGUCUAUACAGCCUCUACUCGGAGGUACCAGAGGGAGUGCCGGCCCUUCGACGCGCCAUCAAGGACUCGAUUGUGCGCCGCGGCACCGCCCUGAACACGGUUACGAACGGAGAGGGAGAGUCGGUUGGGGUGGAUGAGGAGGCUGAGGCGGUGCAAGGGAAGGGCAAAGGGAAGGCGAGGGCGGGUGGAGGUGGAGGCGCGCAGAGUUUGGCGCUGGCGUUGAAGUGGGUGGAGGAUGUGCUCGCGCUCAAGGACAAGUUCGACAAUGUCCUUAUCUCGAGCUUCCGGAGGAACCGAGAUCUCGAGAGUGGCAUGAACGAGGCAUUCGAAACGUUCAUCAACCAACAACCCCGCGCCCCCGAAUUCACCUCCCUCUUCAUCGAUGAGAACCUCAAGAAAGGCCUCAAAGGCAAAACGGACGAAGAAGUCGAAGAGGUCCUCGGCAAGACGAUCACCGUGUUCCGGUAUCUCACCAAGAAGGACGAGUUCGAGCUGUACUAUAAGAACCACCUCGCUAAACGGCUAUUGAACAACAGGAGUGUCAGCGACGACGCGGAGAGGGGCAUGCUGGCCAAGUUGAAGGUCGAGUGCGGGUAUCAGUUCACGCAGAAGUUGGAGGGGAUGUUCCAUGAUAUGAGGAUCAGCGCGGAUACGAUGGAGGCGUAUAAGGGACAUGUCAGGAAACUCGAGACUGCGCCCGAAGUCGAUAUGGCCGUGACAGUCAUGACCGCAACACUCUGGCCCAUGUCAACGAUCCCCAUGCCCUGCACACUCCCACCCGUCCUCAUCCGCUCCUCACAUGUCUUCGAACAAUUCUAUCUCGGCCGACAUAACGGUCGUCGCCUAACGUGGUUGCCCUCCCUCGGAACGGCCGACGUGCGCGUACGGUUCAACGCGCGGAGUCACGAGCUGAACGUGUCGACGUUCGCGCUUUGCGUGUUAAUGUUGUUCGAGGAUGUGGAGGAGGGAGGCUUUUUGACGUAUGAGGAGAUCAAGGAGUCAACGGGCAUACCCGAGGCGGAGUUGAUGCGCAACCUCCAGUCGCUCGCCUGUGCCAAAUUCAAAGUCCUCAAAAAGCACCCCCCCGGCCGCGACGUCAAAACGGACGACUCGUUCUCCUUCAACGAGUCCUUCUCGGCUCCGCUGCAGAAGAUCAAGAUCAGCACGGUGGCGGCGAGAGUGGAGAGCGGGGUGGAGAGAAGGGAGACGCAGGAUCGGAUCGAGGAGGAGAGGAAGCACCAGACUGAGGCGGCGAUCGUCAGGAUUAUGAAGGAUCGGAAGACGAUGGCGCAUAAUGCGCUUGUUAAUGAGGUUACGAGGCAGUUGGCGAGUCGGUUCCAGCCGAAUCCGGUGCAGAUUAAGAAGAGGAUUGAGGGGUUGAUUGAGAGGGAGUAUUUGGAGAGGUGUGCGGAUAGGAAGUCGUAUAAUUACUUGGCAUGA